AUGAGGCUAAAUCUCCUCCAGUUUAUACUCCCCAAUGAAACGGCCAAACAAUGGGUGCUCAAGCAAUCACCCUGGGUUAUUUCCGAUAAAAUCUUGCACCUCCGUCCUUGGAUUCCAAACAUAACGCAGCGCACCUUCGACGAGCUUGCUAUUGCGAUGUUUCGGAUCCAGCUGUGGGAUGUCCAGGAGGAGUGUUGUACUCAACGUUUUGGCCGGACUGUGGCGAGCGCUACGCUCGGUCGCGUCUUGGAGGCGGGGGUGUACUCGUGCGCUGAUUCGGGUCACCGAUUUAUAAAGAUCAAGGCUCUGAUAGACUUCUCAAAACCUCUUCGAUCCCAAGUGAUGGCAACUAAUGAAGAGACAGGCGAAUUCUGGAUUCGACUUAAGUACGAAUAUCUCCCCAGUUUUUUUUAUAGGUGCGGCCGGGUUGGGCACUUACGCCAAGAUUGCUCCUUCGAUCCUCCCACUCGAAGAGAGAGGUUUGGCCAUCAUAUGUCGACCAAGAAAUUGGGUAGGAGGGUCUUUGAGGAGGAGGAAAGCGUGACAGCCUUCCAUGGCAAUCCCAAAUCUGUUUGGGUUAAUACUGCUGCUCAAGAUCGUCGGGUUGCACCAGCUGGGCUUCCGCGACCAUCGGAGAACAAGAACAGGAGGGAGGCUGAGAUUAUGCCGAGGCCUGUGAUCGAAGAGAAGCCGUUGUGGAUGGGAACCUCGACCCAGCCCUUCUUGACGACUGAAGCACGGAAUCAAGUGGGGAGGAAUCCGAUUCGUGUCUCGAUCACGAAAUCUCCGAAUAUCCGCUUGGGGAGGCAAGGUCGUCGAGGCAAGUUGAGGAAGGCGAGCGAGAGUGCUCCUAUGGAAGUGUUGCAACGGAAUGUUGAGCCGCAGUUGACGCGACGGCGCCGUCUUAUUUUGGAAGAAGAAUCUGAAGACGAGUUCCAUGUCCAAACUAUCCCGAGCCCCUCGCUGGCAUGCCCUUUGAACGAGGCCAUUCGGGUUGCUAAGACUGCAGCCCUAGCUAAUAAUGCUGGCGGCGCUCCUUCCCCCGUGCCAAACCCUGGGUCUAUUAAAAAAAAAGGGAGAAAGGUGAAGGGCGCGUGUUCUCCAAAUAAAGCUUCAAGGAAGGCGAAACCCAAUGCCCUGAAGUCACGCAAGAUUCGGCGUGUCAUUGUCUCAAUCGCCAGCUCCAAAAAUGCUGGGCCGAAGCGGGUCGAGGUGUUGGCGGCGGAUUCGCCAGCUCUGGUGGAGCCCGUGGACCGCCAACCCGCCGUAGCAAUCCAAAAGGGGGUGGAAUCUGAGGAGUCAUUUUCAGGUGCUGAUGACCAAUCCUUUGAGAUUCACCGCCGGGAGACGCUGGGGAAGGGAAAAUUUAAGCGGUUGGCUCACUCAUCCCUUGUGCGUCAGGUUGUGGAGGCAUUUGAGGCUGGGCUCACCAUGAGUGAUCCAACCAAUGAGCAAGGGUUACAAUGCCCACUCACUUUGGAGGACAUGGCGGCGGAUAAGGGAGUGCCAAAAGAAGACGAUCUUAUUGACAAGUCCUUUAACAAAUACGGCUCCAACUUAGGCGACCUAGAAGGGGAGAGUAAGAAACGUCGGAUUAAUGAGGUUGAUGGAGAUAUCGCUGACUCCCCAUCACCAAAAAAACUGUUUGUGGAAGACAAAGAUGAACUGGAAAUGGUGGAGGUAGCCAGCCGGGAUUGGCCCCAUCCAGAUAAAUGA